AUGUGCAAUGUGAGGAGAAACAACAAGAACAAACUAGCUUUCCAGCCGAGAGAUAAAGUCUGCUGUACAAAGAACGGCUACGUCACAGACAGGAACAAGGAAGUGUCUCCUGAAGCAGAGGACCUGGAGAGCAGCUAUGUAUCUGACCGGGCCAGGACCAAGCAGAGACUUCCUGGUCUGGACGGAGGGGAGAGACGGAGAGGGAACGGGGCCACACAGAGAGACGGAAGUGGUGACAAAAUGAAAAGCAAAGAGAAGAAUAAAGAGCGUCUUUGUAACGGAGAGAUAUUCUUUAUUAAACAUGACGUGACAGAGGAGGAGGCGGGCUCACAGCGGAACAGGAAGCAGAGGUACUUGACUCUGGAUGAUGGUGACGGACGGACGCUGUGUGUUUCCUUCAGGGAGCUGCAGAGAGAAUGUAAACUGCAACACGCCUGGGCUAGGACCAUACACACCUUCCAGGGGUCGGAGACCGAGACCAUUGUGUACGUGCUGGGAAACGGCAGCGUCCAGACGUGGAAGCACGUGUACACGGCUGUGACACGGGGACAGAAGCGUGUAUAUGUCAUAGCCAAGCAGGAGGGCAUGGCCUCGGCCAUUAGGAGACGCAUCAUCCCGCGUAACACCCGGCUGGGAACCCCUGGUCAAAGAGCUGCUGGUCCAGCCUGGGGGGGCAGCCCCAGGCUUCGGGCCUACACAGACCACUCCUCUGGCCUCACAGACACCGAGCUGGUCUCUAAGGACCCCCUACAAAACCCCUAUAGCAGCACCCAGACUCUUCUCUACGCCCAGCCGAGCAGUCCCACUUCCAUGUCGUGUCCAGUCCCACUCUACUUCGGUCCCUGCAGGGGCUGUGGAGAAAUGAGCCUCCAACAGCUCCCUCAGGCAGAUGCCUCAGACACCUCUCUAAUGGACGACAUCACUUUCAGUCAGGCAUAUACCUGGUCGCCUAUGAACAGCAGCUCUGAGGACCCCUCUCAGGAGCAGCCCGGGUCGUGUGAGGAGGAGGAGGAGGAGGAAGGGAUCAAGAUGGAGGCUAGCAGCAGCGCUGUAGAGGAUGGACACAUGGGGAAGGCUUCACAUUUAGCUGCUCGUUCUGGGGUUGAGAGCACCCCUCCCAAGAGGACGCUCGGUCCUGACAGUGAGAAACAGAAUGGGACUCCUCAUAAACAGAUCAAG